AGUCAGUAGCUGAAAAACACUGAAAGCAGAAACAUGAAUUUGACACAAUUCCAUUUGGGCAUCUUUAUCGCUAUCUUGUAUUGCCUUCCAGCUUUUGGACAGUUCUGGAGAAGUGCUCUUAGUGAGAGGCAACAAUGGGAGCGGGAGAUGUUGGCGUUGCGUCAAUCCGGUAUUUGCUACCGAAUACAGAGUGUCGAGACUAUUGAUCCAGAUCUCAGAUACAGACAGAUCUCAUAUUGCUGCGAUGGCUUCAUUAAUCUGGGUACCAACAAGAAUCUAAAAUGUGAACCCAUUUGCAAGAUGGAUUGCACAAAUGGCAUUUGUAUUGGUCCCGAUAAUUGUGAAUGUGCCCCAGGUUAUGUUUUGCAAGACGAUCGUUGUAAAUCAUAUGAUGAAGACUAAUCGAAUAAAUAGUAAAUUGUAGUUCAGAAGAAUA